GCUCCUAAUUGGUAAAUCCAUCAACACUAUUCCACCAUGUCUGAAGCCAAUUCAAGCAUAGCUGUGAUGCUGGUGUUGAUGUUGGCGUACGCUGGGCAAGCAUCCGCGUCUUUCAAGGACUGCUUCAAGAUUUGUGCCCUCGGCUGUGUCAUCUCGCCAAAUAAACCGGCAUGUAUAGUCAAAUGCAUCGCAAAGUGCAUUAUUCUUCCGCCGAGCGCCACUGGUCUUGACUAUUGCAAACUCGGCUGUGCGGUUGAUCAAUGCACGGUGUUCCAAAGCGAUUCGAACAAAGUGGAUGAUUGUGUAACUAAGUGCGAGACCGGCAAAUGUAGCCUGUUCAGGCUAGAGACAGCAGCUUCUCCGGUCUCGACUUCCCCGGAGAAGUCGUCACCAUCACCAUCACGAACUCCAGCUCCGUCUUCAACUGGGCAAUAAGCUUUUGGGUCGACCCGCAUCGUUACUUCAAAGUGGAAAAUAAAUGAAACAAGUUUAUUUGUUUUGGACCGUACAUGUAUUUCUCUAUGUCUGUG